AUGAGAAAAUUUAUUAUUGGAAAAAUAGACGUUACUAAAACAAAUAAGUUAAAAGCAAAAAAAAAGAGAAAAAUUAAGAUCAAGGCGUAUGCAAAUCAGCUUCCUUUUAAGUUUAAAGUAGGCAACGACAAUACUAAAAACUUUGAGCGAGACAGUAUUUCUUAUUCAUCUGAGUCUGAGAUGUCAGUAGAGCUUGAGAAUUUGAUAGAAAAACAAGAAGCUAAGUCGGAGUUUCCAUCAACAUCAGGUUGCAGUAAAAGCCAGCAAAUAAGAUUGCCUGUUCCCAACCUAGCUCGUAUUUCUGACCAAUUUGGCAUUUCGGACCGUUCUGCAGCAGCGCUUGCAUCUGCUGUGUUACAGGAUUUGGGACUUAUUUCGAAAGAAACAUCGUUUUUAGUUAUUGAUCGAAGGGCAGUGGGUUAUAUAAUGAAAGGCAGUGGCCUAACUAAACUGUUCAAUACUGUGUAUGCAGUUAACAGCAAUAAGAAGAUUAUGACAGGACACGCUUACGCCAGGGCUGUCAGAGGACACACUUUGACUGUUACAGCCAUGGAAUUUAUGGUAAAAGUUUAUGGGCCAGUGUGGAUUGACAUUAAAAGAAAAUCAUCGCGUUGUGAUGGAGAAAGACACGUCUUCAGAAUGAAACAGUUGUCACGCUACUUGAAUAACGAAUUGAAGGCAGUAAUCGAUCCUGUUAUCAAACGAAAUGCGUAUUUUUGUCAUCCGGAGAACCUUCUUCUAGCAAUGCUUUCUGAUGAUCGUCCUGCUAUAAGACAACUUAGCUUACGAAGAAUAUUCAAGGCGUGCACAAAAAUAUUUACAGACGUAAGGGAAUUUGAUAUUCCUGAAUUAGAUUUCGAUGCCAGUAAAUAUUAUGAGCUUAUUGAUUGA